CAAGAAAGCUCUGCAACUCUAAAAGCAAAGCAGAACAUUCAAGAGAAAGGAGGAUGGAUGAGAGGAUUGAAGAUGGAAGCUCCUUCGCUCUCUUUAGCUAUAUAAGUUGUGAUAUUUGGCUUAGGCAUUAUACCAAACAACUUAUCUAUACAUUUUCCUCAACGUGGAUACACCAACAGAAAGAAAGAAAACAUGCUAAGCAUGGUGGCAAGCACUCCGAGAUCAAGGACUCCGGCCAUCAGUAAUGAUGAAGCAGAUCUUGAAGGUGAGCAAAUUCUGGCCACCAACGAUGAUGUAGCAGAUUUUGAGGGUGAGGGUCACAGUCAGUUCACCACCUUAGAAGACAAUGUGAUGAUGAAGCAGAUCCUGACCACCCAUGAUAAUCAUAAUUUUCACAAGGUUGAUCUCAAGCCCCAUCUCCAACUCAUUGAGGAAAUUCUCCGACACUCCACCACUCUCAAACGCACCAAUAUUCAUGACCUGCAUGUUUCUUCACUAAUGGAAAGCUUGGAUGAGAAGUCCCAAAAGGUCGACUUCGUAGGUAUGCUUGAAGCAUUGGCUUGCACCAUACACAAGAUCUCUUGCGAGAUAUCCAGCAAGUGCUCUAAGGGUGAGAGUGGGGGUGGGGAUGCACACUCGAUAACAGUGGCACUGUUCAAGUCCCUAUCAAAAUUCUCUUGGGAUGCAAAGGUGUUGGUGGCCUUAACAGCCUUUACCAUCACCUAUGGGGAGUUCUGGCUGGUUGAGGAGCUCUACCUAACACAUCCGUUGGCCAUGUCCAUAGCGCUACUGAAGCAAUUACCUAACAUAUUUGAGCAAUCGGAGAAACUAAGGCCCAUUUUUAAAGAGCUAUGGAGACUUAUCAAAGCCAUGUUCAAUGUGACCAAAUGCAUCAUCCAAUUCCAUGAGCUACCACCUCAGUACAUCUCCCCGGACCAACCACCCAUGUUGGUGGCAACCACCUUCAUCCCCACUGCUGUUUACUGGACCAUCAGGAGCGUCGUCACCUGUACAUCCCAGAUUAUUGGCCUUAUUGGUUUGGAUCAUAAAUCUAUUCCAUUGACCACUGAAGCUAGUGAGAUGUCAAGCUUAGCACAAAAGGUCAACAACAUACAUGAAAACCUUACAAAGCAACUCGGUCUUUGCAAUCAACAUAUUACUGAGAAGAAACAGGUCGAACAUUAUAACACACUGGUGGAACUCUUUGAAACAACCCAUGUUGACAACAUGAAGAUUCUCAAGCCAUUGAUUGACAAUGAGGAUGAUUCGCAGCCAUUUCUUCAACAAUCCAUGGGAAAAAGGGUUGGUGUUGAAAUACUGAGAGGGGUGUAUGUAUCAUUGCUAAUAUCGGACUUGAACAUCUCCCAAGAAGAAGUCGUGAUUCUGAAAGAGUUGACGAGAGUCGUAUUGUGGCUCCCCGUGGUGGAUAGGUCCCUCCCAUGGACCAAAGCCAGGCAAAGAGACUUUGACCGAGUGCAGUCAAAUAUAUCAGGAGAGUGGUACUCAAUACACCCUUCCUUGAUCCAUCCAGCAGUGAUAAAGUACGCCAAGGAGAUAUGGCACUUUAACAAGAAGCCAAUCCUUGUUAGUUUGGACUCAGAGGGCAGGGUUCAUAACCCCAACUGCUUCCAUACUGUGUGGAUUUGGGGAUGGUGGGGCAGAACUUUACCCGAAGAGGAAAGGUUGUGGAGGACAGAGGCCUGGAGACUUCAAAUCUUGGUAGAAACUGGAUUUGAUCACUUAGGACGCGAUGAAAACUUACUCGAUUGGAUACGUGGAGAACAAUUCAUUUGCCUAUAUGGAGGAGAAAACAUAGAUUGGAUAAGGGACUUCACGACAACAACAAGAGAAGUGGCACAGGCAAUAGGUAUCCCAUUCCAGAUGAUGUACAUGGGGAAGAGAAACCCAAAUAAGGAGCAAGUAAGGAAGAACAUCGACAUUAUCACCAUAGAAAAACUUAGUUAUUGCUGGAAAGACCUCACACUCAUCUGGUACUUCUGGAUCAGACUAGAGAGCAUGUUAUACUUCACGAUGCAGCUUGGCAACACCAUCGAUAAUGACCCUAUAAUGAAGGGGAUCAUGAAAUUGCUCAUCUUCGAUGCCAGUGAGCAUGGAUGGGCGUUGAUAAGUAAGGGAUCAGAAAUCAUGGCCAUAGCCAAGGGGGACAUCAUCUUGACAUGCUUCAAGGAGUAUAACGAUAGGUGGAAAGAAAACGCUAAAAUUAAGGGUUUCAUUCUGGCACUCAUUGAUCACUUGGAACAGCUGCACACCCCACAUCACUGCAAUUGCCUCAUCCUGCCGGAGACCGAAGACCGGAUGAUCCCCAAGAUACUGGUUUGUACUGAGUGUGGCUGCCCUAUGGAGAAGUCUGUGUCCUUGACUGCCAUGUACAGCUGCUGCAACGAUUAGUUGUGCCUCCCAAUUGGUAGUCUAUGUAGUAUUGAUGUCAAUCGUGGCCAGUAUGAUAAAGUAUCAACUGAUAUAUUAAAUAUCAUACCAAUACACGAAAACAUGUUUUGUGUGCUAUAAUUAGGGGUGUCAACUAGUCAGGCUCAAUUGAGUUAGGUCAGGUUUCAGAUUUUAAUUGAUCAAUUUCUACUAAUUGGGCCUUAAACGGGUGUUAAAUGAGCUUAUGCAGCAUUUAUAUUCUACUUUUCA